AUGCUCAAGACACCACCUAUGCAGACGGCCACGGCCACGAUCGAAACGCUUUGCGGACGCCUACAAUCUGCGACCUUGCUGGAGGACAGACGGGCCGCGAUUCUUGGCCUACGAAGCUUCGCCAAAGAAUAUCCUGCUUCAGUCGCCAGCGGCUCACUCAGGGAGCUGAUCUCGAUUCUCAAGCGCGAUGGCCAAGAGGGAGGAGGUGAUGUGGACACCAUAAGAACAGUGCUGGAAACGCUGUUGAUGCUUUUCAACCCAGAGCCAAAUUCUCCUGAGGCUGGCGACGAGAUCGCAUUGUUUCUGGCAGACGACGCAUAUGCCGAUUACUACUCGCGCUUGUACUCAGUGCAACUGCUCUCGGCUAUCUGCGCUGCCCGACCCGAGCGACUGCAAGAAUGCAUUCUGUCUGCGCCUUUGGGUACAUCACGGCUGGUUGGUGUGCUGGACGACAGCCGAGACGCUGUGCGUAAUGCCGGACUUCUACUGCUUGUAGACCUCACAAGCGGGGCGAACGAGGAACUCAGGAAGAUCGUUGCUUUCGAAGAUGUCUUUGGAAAAGUAUUCGCUCUCAUUCGCCUCGAAGGUGGGCUGGCAGACGCUGGUAUCACCGCGCAAGACUGCCUGAGUCUGCUCGCCAACUUGAUCAAAGGUUCUGCCAGCAAUCAGACAAUGUUUCGCGAAUCAGGCUGCGUUUCGCAGGUGGCCCAGCUGUUGACCCAGGCUUUCCCUGGUGACGAUGCAGAAGCAGUAUUUCUGCGUCAGAACCGAGAGAAAGCGUCGUGGGGCCUCCUACAGCUCCUGAGGCUGUUCCUCGUGCGAGGCGAAUCGAACACGCCUCAAAAUCAAAUCGCCUUCUUCAAGGCUGGCAUCGCUCAGAUCUUGAUCGAUCUAGGAUUCGCAGUGCUGCCGCUUCCCAUCCGAAAAUCGGCACUUAGAGUCGCAGCCGCGCUCAUUGAGGGCAACGCUCCGCUACAGGAGCAGUUCGCAGCUCUCACCAUCGUAACGCCACCAGGCACUGGAAAGGGCAGUGCAAGAGCUAGCGUUGAGACUCGGCGAACCUACAUCAUAGAGGCACUUCUAGACCUCUCGCUUUCGAAGCCACAGGCAGACCCAUCUCUUCGAGCUGCGGCUUGUGGUCUGAUUCAGGCUUAUCUCACGAAGCACGCACGUAUCAAGAUCCACUUCUUGCAACGAGCAAUCGCAGGACAUGCUGAGCACGAGGUUGCUGCGAAUGUGCUGACUGCCCUUCUUCACCCGGCUGCGGACGACACCAACGGCGUUGUCUUUGCAUCUUGGAUCGUACAAGAUCUUGUGGCAGAUAAUAUCGAGGCUAAAUCUCUGCUCACGGCCGUGAAAGAAGGCGACGAAAGCGAAGGCGAAGACGUUGUUUCUGCCACACAAGCGCUUGGGUUACAGCUGCAGGCGACUCUGCAGUCGAAUCCUGUCGAAGAGAGGCUUGGUGCUGCCUAUGCAAGCCUUUUGACCACUCUGCUUUGGGACUUUGCGCCUGGGAUCGACGACCUGCUCGCAGAAGGCUCAAGUCUUCUGCAGGUUCUGGUCGCAUUGGUGAAGACCCCAAAGGACGAGCCGGUCGUGAUCGGCCUUGCGGCAGCACUGUUGGGCACUGUAUACGAGUUCAGCACCAAAGACUCUCCUGUUCCGAGAAGAACCCUCGCGCCACUGUUGCAGCAGAAGCUAGGACGGACCAAGUACUUGGACGCGCUCCUUCAGCUCCGCCGACAGCCAGCAGUUCGCGACUAUGACCUCGAUCUCGAAGUGGAUGAAGCUGGGGAUGGUAUGAUCAGUAGAGUCUUCAUCGAUCUUUUCGCAAUGGAGUACUCCCGCUUGCGUAAAGCUGUUGACAAAGACCCUGGUGUUGAGGUGCUGCCUCCGUCCGCCGCCGAAGCCGGAGUGGACCGCGAUGUACUGGACGAUCUAAGGCAGAAGAUCCAGGUACUUAGCGAAGCAAAUGCGAAGGCACAGGAGGAGGCUCUAGAGGCGGGGCAAAAGAGCGAGCAAGAUCGCAUGGCUGCGGCCAAGGAAUUGCAAUCUGCCAACUCCGAGAUCGAUAGGCUGCGGAAGAUCAAUCAGGCAAUGCAGCAAGGCCACGACAACGAGCUGGAGAAGCUCGAGAAGAAAAACGAGAAGCAACGUCAGACGGCCGAUGCUGAGCACAAACGUGCCAUCGCGGCGGCCAGGCAAGAAGCCGAUCGUCAAGCACAGUCUACCCUUCGGGAACGGGAGGCUAGCGCUGCGCUGAAGGCUCAAGAGUACGAGCGUCGUCUCGCAGAGCUCGGAAAUGCCCACCGGAUCGAGUCGAAUGGUCAUACGAAUGUCAAGCAGCAGCUUGAGUCACUCACUAAGAAGCACAACGAGUUGAUCAUUCGGGAGCGUGACCUCAGCCGGCAGCUCGACGAAGUCCAGCGGAAACACGCUACGACCGACGCCAACCUCCGCACUGCCGAGGCGAGGGCGCAGGCGGCUGAGAGUAAACUUGACAUAUCGAAGAGCGCACUUGAAUCUCGUGGCGAGGAGCUUGAGAGUCUCAGGUCGCAGUUGAACGAGCUGAAGGAAGAGCUUGCUGGCAAAGAAGAGGAGCUCAAGACUGAGCGCUCUGAGAAUCUUGAGAAGUUGGAAGCAGACCUAGCAGCGGCGAAGGACGGAGAAAAGGCGGCCAAGGACGAUCUUGCAAAGCUUGAGACCGACAUCACUGCUGCAAAGGAAAGCGAGAAGGCCGCGAAAGAAGAACUUGAGACUUUGCUACUUGUUCUCGGCGACAUUGAGUCAAAGCGAGAUGAGUACAAAGCUAAAGUGAAGGAGCUGGGUGGCGAGGUCACGGACGAUGAUGAGGACGAUGAUGAAGAUGAAGACGAAGACGAGGAAGAUGAAGAUGAGGACGGCGUGGACUAG